AUGCUCAAUGAAGAUUUUUAUGAUACCAUGAACCCUGAUGAGGAAGCUUGUGAGGCUCUUGCCAGGGACCUUCCGGAAGCUAUUCCAAUUUUUGCCCUUUUGGAGCACUUGGAAACUCGUCUUGUGGAAAGAAGAUUUGGUAGUACUACUGGAGGAGUGAUGAAGCAACGGGAGGUUCUUCAUGCUUUCAUGGGAGCCACUUGCAAGGAAUAUUCUGGAAGAGGACUUGCCAGUUGUCUUCGCAAGCUGACAGCUGAGUAUGCAAGGGAGGCGGGCUUUGCCCAUGUGGUUGUGGAGCCAACCAAUCCAGCAACUCAGCACAUUUGGACCAACAAAAUGGGUGGCACUGUGGAGUGCCGUUUGGAAGCCAAGGAUUUCAUCAUGCCAGAUGGCAGCAAGCCAUUUGUGAGCGACACAGGAAGCUCUAUGGAAAAGGAUGCCAUUAUUGUGAUGCUGACUUUGUAA